UUAGAUAAGACACAAAAGAGAGGCACCAGCCGGAGUCAGCCCACUUGCUCUUUCGCCUUUUGCCUUCUCUCCACUGGAACGACGAGAAGAGAGGGGCGUGGAGGAGGUAAUCGCCAGCCAUGGGCGUCACAAAGGAGGACGUGGAGUCCGCCAUCGCCGCCGCUCUCAGCCCUUCCCAUCUCGUGGUCACCGAUACAUCUGGCGGGUGCGGCGCGAGCUAUGAGAUCGAGGUGGUGUCGGAAAAGUUCGAGGGGAAGCGUCUGCUGGAGCGACACCGGCUGGUGAACACCGCGCUGGCGCCGCACAUGGCGGAGAUCCACGCCGUCUCCAUCAAGAAGGCGCUCACCCCGGCGCAGGCGCAGCCCCAGCCGGAGCCCGCCGCCGAUAAGCCACAGGCUUGAGCUCGCUCCAAGCACUCUGAUCAUACAGGCACCGUUAGAUGUUGAAACGCGCAUCAAACUCUCUGCUUGAAUAAUGUAGUAGCAGAUGGAUUCCCAGAAUUGAGACUUUGCAGCGAUGCUGUGCUUGAAUGAUUAUGUUUUAAGUACUGAAUUGUGUGGUUAGUGCUUCUGCUCAAAUCGUUGGCUUGACUGCUUGAGACCGGCUUGCAACAUGUCCACGAACUGCAACUUCGAUGUAGGCAGUUUGCAGUUCAGUUUCUUAGGUGCAUUGGUUUUGUUAAUCUGAUGGCGUUUGCUGCAA